GAAAGUGAAAACACUACGACUACGACACUGAACGUAGCAAAAUUAUAUUCAACCUUCCAGUAGGAACAACGAUGUCUUUGCGUUGCGAUGGAUGAUUGACUCGAAGUUGAAAUAAUUGUAAUUCUAUGCCUGUGACUGAUAUAGAUUCUAGAUCUAGAUCUAGAAUCUAGAUCUUAUUAUGGUUAAUCUAAGGUCUAAAGUAGGAGUAGAUCUAGGGUCUCGAGGCCGAGGCCGAGGAGGCGGUCGUGGACGUGGUCGUGGUCGUGGUCGUGGUCGUGGUCGACCUAAAUCUGAAGUUACAUCUAAGCCUAAUUCCAAGAAAAAUACCGAAUCGGUUGUCAAUGAAACUGGUGAGGAGGCUGUUACUGCUGUUGAUGUUGUCACAGAUGGGGGAAGAACGGAAGACGCUGGUGGCUGUUCAAAGGAAAAGCUGCAAAGUCAACAGCCCGGGCAUCAAGUCGAGGCUGAGAAGAAAGUGCCGUCCAAUACAGAUGUCGAUAAUCAGCCGUUAAUUGAAAAGGCCCUGGAGGAGGAAAAUUGUAACGCCAGGAAUGCAUUGUGGAAGAAACCCAUCAAUGGGUUGGGUUGUUUUUUCACAGAGGAAACAUUUAGAAGAGUCAUGGGUCCAGAACCUUCUUUUGAGGACAAGUUCAAAGCGCAACUAUUACGGGCAAAUUCCAUGAAGAUUGAAGUGAAAAAGUCAAAGAAAAAAGACAGAGACAGGCCUGCCGUAAUGACAUCACUCGCCGAUUGCAGAGAGACGGAUUCGGGGCAAACUUCACCAAGUACUGAAGCUGAAGUAAGAGACACAGAAUCUUCGAUUCCUUUCAACGGAGUCCUCGGUAAAACAGUUGUCAGUGACACAGUUAAGUCAGGCAAUGCUUGCGUUGAGAAAGAGCAGGAUAAGCCAGAAUCUGCAAAAGAAGGGUCUGUAACCUGUGCCACAUUGGAGAAGCUUCCUGAGACUAUACCUUCUUUGGCAACAAUGACUCCUCAGCCAGCAGGCAUGGGGAACCUUUCUGUCUCAGAUGACAGGAGUUCCAGUGCCCCAUCUGAGGAAAAAACCGUCCAGUCAUCCCCAACUAGUGAAGAACAGCAGGCUCCCACAAACGACAAUUUGACAAAUGCAACCACGGAUAUCUCAGAACACGCUGAUCUUCAGCACCCAGAUCCAGAAUUGGCUGCCGAAAAAUCAAUGCUCCAUCAGUCAGACUCGGACACAGAGACGUUGUGCCUUGUGAUGCCGCCACUGUCCUCUGACGACGACGACGAUGAUAAAGAUGCUGACGGGCAAACACCCACUUUUGAUAGUGUUCUGUUUAAAUCCACAUCACUGAAUGUGUCCAAAGAUGACAGUACUGUAACUACUAAUGUAAACAAGGCUGCAAGUGUUGAUUUACCCAAGUCUCAAGAUGUGUUGCAAAGUCAAGACAGUCAACAAGUUGUGAGAAGUAGUUAUAAUGUUACAGAACAUCAAAAUCAGAACUUGACUGGUAGUGAGAUAUUACCUGUUCCUGCAGUUGCAGCGGUUGUCAGUCAGUCCCAACCGCUGUAUAAUGAUCCCUUGGUCAACGAAACUCAAAAUCAAAGUAUGCAAGCAUCAAAGGAUAACUGGAGGGCGGAAGACAUUCCAAUAUUCUCUGUGAAACAGGAAUCGCCUGUGAAAGAAACGGUUUCAAAGUUGUCUACCCCUGCAUCAUCGAGGCACAGACGGAACCAGAUCUGGUUGGAAGAGACAGUGAAAGAGACACAGACCCCCAAAGUUGACAAAAAAGCCACGGAUUCGAAUCCAGGAGAGACAGAGGAAGCAAACAAAUCGCCCGCAUUCAAGAAGUCGGAUCUGACUAAAUCAGAACACAAUCAGUACUUGGAGCUCUUCAACAAGUUUGUGCGGCCGUACCUCGGCGGCAAGCAACCUCCAGCUUUCUCUCAACAGCAGCUGCGAGACCUGGAGGUCUUUGAGAAACUCCAACAAAGAGUGCUUAAGGAGCAGGCAGAGUUCCAGGCCUAUCUUCACCGGAACGCCAACACCUGUCCCAAAGCUUACACUUUCAUCAGGUCUAGUGCCAAGCGAUAUGCUAUGAAUCGGUGUCAGUCGUACCGCCUCAACAGGAAGUAUGUUUAUCAAUUUGCACCGAAAGAGCAGGAAAAGGUGGAGAUGUUCAGCGAGAGAAAGGAGACCGCAGAACUAAAAUUUAUCUUCACUCUUCUGAAAGUGGGACUUCCUCCAAAGGUGACGUUGCCCGAUCUACAGGAGGGUACAAAGCCGUUCCCGAUUCAGCACGAUGACGAGAGACUGGACCACCGCUUCCCCAGACGUAAAGGCAUCAACGCGAGAGGCUGUAUCAAUCAUGAGGUUGUCAGCAAAGACCACAACGCAGAGCGCCUGGCCAACAAGUACGAUGCCGACGUGGUCAUGUCGUCAAGCGCCGUCAAGUGCCUGGUGGACAAUCAUGGGCCGGACUUUACCCGCUGUUGGUGCAUCCCGUUCUCUGUGGUCAUGCACGAGUGGGAAGAUGACGAACCGCCGACGAAAGUUGUCUAUUUUGACAAACCUGUGUCGGAGGACAACUUACCCACAAGGGAGAUGAACAGUUUAUUCCACAAGUACUCUUUCCGCACAAGUAUUUCACAGCCGAGGCGGAAUAAAAACACCAAGAAGGUGUCGGGUCCCUCGAGUCUCCCCUCCCACAACUUCCUGUCUGCUGUGGACGACGCGUUUGACAUAUUUUCUACCGAGGGAGAUGAUUUGGAGACGUUUGGGACGGGUUACGCCCCUUCGAGCACAAAUGUUAAGAAGUCAGAUAAUGAUAGUGAUACAACAAAGUGUAAAGAUUCAUCGAAGGGUUUGAGGCAGUCCAAGUUGGAAUCGAACCCAGGGGUUUCAGGGGCUAGGGCUUGUAAAAAACCUGAUCCCGAUGUGCCACCUGAAAAGUCAGAGCCUUUCGAGAAAGGAGACAUUGGUCAAAGAACAGCUACAAGCAAGAGUGAGGCAAGUGCAUCAAAAGUUGGCAAGGAAGUGCACGGAGGGGAAAGUAGUACGGAUCUCGCAGAUUGCAAUUCAUCUCCUGCCAGUACUUCAGACAGGGUCGUUACUCGUCGAUCUUUCAGAAAGAGGCAAGCCCCCGCCCACCUGUCCAAUUCUGACUUUACUCCUGUAGGUGGUUCACCUCCAAGCUCUGAUGUUUCGGAGAGAGAGAUCCAAAAUGUGAAGAAAACGAGGCUGCAGAGUAGUAGAGCUGAGGUAGAGGUAGAGGGGCCGGUAGUGGCAGAUGUCGGCAGUCAGUCAAGGUCAAAUAGUGAACUCUCUACGCCUCUAGUGUCAGAUUCUGUGGCCAUUUCUCCAGGCAGGCAUCUGCGCUCUAUGUCUAAACAACAGUUGGCGGACACAGCUGUUGACAACGAGAAAGCUGAGGGUAAUAAAGAUGUGGCAAAAGACAGGAAUGGAACCGAACCCUCGCCUUGCAGUGCUGUUGACCCAACCCUCUCAACUGAACCACCAGCUAGUCAUAGUUCCAGCCAGGAGGAUGCGACCCCGUCAGGUUUGAACCUCCCCAGGAGACGCGGUCGGCCUCCUAAAAGAAAGAUUGUACCUGUAGAUAGUGAGAAGCCUGUGUGUGUGGAGACCAGUGGCUCUAAAGAACCAAAACUGACCUCGACAGUGGAUUCAUCUGAUGCGCCCCUCGGAAAUACUUCACAGGUAGUUGCUUUAGACCAUCAGGACUCGGAAAAUGAGAUGUUGGUCAUCGACAUGUCUGUCGGGGACAUGCCUGAUGCUCCUGCCUCACCCUCUGUAGCGUCCAAUCCGGCAAGUCCACCCAUGCAGGAUCCGUCAGUUUCCCCGCUCAGAACUCUGGAGAUCCCCACAUCUCCGGUGAUGGAUGCGGGGAGUAGGGGAGGUGACUCAGAUGUCCCUGUCAUUCCUCUCAGUCAAACGUCGCCACCAGACAAGUUUUCAUUGAAAAAAGUUAUCCCGGAUAAGGUUUUGCCGUUGGGAGUUUCAUCGAGAAAAGUCUGGCUUCCUCCAACUCAAGACAGAGUGAGGAAGAACCUGUUAUCUGAUACUAACAGCAGAGAACAAGUGAAUGUCAUGUUCAGCCCCCUGGACUCGAUCCUCGGACCCUCAAACUCAAAUACAGAGGAGCCUGAGAGACCUAAUGCUGCCAGAGAGGAUGGCAACAAGUACCUGGCCCCAGCGGUGGAUGGUUUGAGUCUUGUAUACAACCUGUUCUCUAUCGGGGACUUGCGGGUGAUUGUUCGCUCCAACGACCAUGGGGUGCUGCGACGGCAAAAGCAGUCCACGCAUGUCUACAUGGCCCCCAAGCUGGAGUACCAGUCGCAGCACGGCUAUGAGCAGGUGACCUUGAGCGAGGCGUCGCGUCAGUGGGCGGCUUGCCUCGUCAGACCCGGAGCCAGCCUGCUCAGAGCUCGGAUCAAUGCUUUCAGCUCAGAGAUCCUGAUGUUGGAGGAGCUCACAGCUGCCCAGAUAUUGCAGUCUACGGGGUCGCUGGUGCCCCAGAAAGCUUUCCACAUAAUACACAAUGUGCUGGCCACAGCUACAGAACUGAAGUGUGGCCGCUACCUGCUGUGUCACCGGCCCGGUCAAGAUCACUGCACCGUCCAUGCCAAGGGCUACAGGGCGAGCGGUGAGUGGAGCAAGGCGGACAUCUCUGAGGUGAUCAGACGGAAGGACGACCCGGUUCCUUGGGUCCCCAUCGACCCAACUGUCCUCCUCCCCUCUCACGUCCAGUACAGGAGAAUCCCGGCAACUUUCCUGCCCAAAGAUGUGAUACCAAAGAACAACAACCACCACAACACUAAGUCUGGUGAUGGGGACACGAAGAAAGGGCCGCCUCAGCAGCAUAGGAAAAAGAAGAACAAGGGUCAGAACAGACGGGGCCGAGGCCGGGGCCGGGGCGGGCAGUACUACAGGAGGUGAUCACACGGGGGUGGGUU